GGGAAGACGGUCUCUUUUCAGGCGGCCACCCUCCUUAAACCAAAAAAAACAACCCCAAACGCGUUGCCAUAGAAUGGAUUACAGAUCACAGCGACCACCCGAACUCGUGGUAUAUGCCACACACUCUCAGCAGCAAGCUCCGCACAAGCUCAGCGAGGGAUCUCAAACACCGCGAUACUUGCAACUAUCCCGCGCUUUGUGUUACAGGCCUCUGGGGAAGAGACCAAGAUGGCUCCGCCCAUAUGGGAAAAACACAAAAAAACAAAAAAACCCACAAAACCCUCCCCCAAGCUUUUGUUCUCGCGAGAUCCCGCUGACGGUUCAGGGGCCCGUUCUCGCGGGAUAUUCCGAGUUAGGUUUGCAACGAGCUUUAGGCUGCAGAGGAAAGUCCAGGAAAAACAGAGAAAGGAAGGCGUUGUCAUGGCCGUGUGUUGUCUUCUUUCGGAGGCGGCGGCGGCGGCGGAGCCCGAGACGACUUGGUGAGCGCUGCCUUGCCAGCCAUACACAGCGCCCUCGGAUUCUGCCGCUGCCUCACAGAUGGUGUCCAGGAGAAAGAUGUCUUGCCCCUUCUCCAGAUAAUGGAAAGCUUUGUGAAGCAAGCAUAAAAUCUGUCACUGUGGAUGAAAAUGGAAAGUCAUUUGCAGUCAUUUUAUAUUCAGAUUCUCUAGAAAGGAAAGUACCUCUUAGAAGACUUCAAGAAGUGAAAUCUGUUAAAGAUUGCUCCAGGAGUUUUAUAUUUGAUGAUGAAGAUUUGGAAAAACCUUAUUUCCCAGAUCGAAAAUUUCCAUCAUCUGCUAUUGCUUUUAAAUUAUCUGAAGAUGGAGACUGUAUUCCUCACACUAUUAAUAGGUAUUUGAGAGACUACCAAAGGGAAGGAGCCCAGUUUCUAUAUGGACAUUACAUCCAAGGAAGAGGGUGUAUUCUUGGUGAUGACAUGGGACUUGGAAAAACAGUACAGGUUAUUUCAUUCCUGGCUGCAGUUUUGCAUAAAAAGGGAACUCGUGAAGAUAUUGAAAAUAACAUGCCGGAGUUUUUACUAAGAAGUAUGAAAAAGGAAACCCCUUCUUGUACAGCAAGAAAGAUGUUCUUAAUAGUUGCUCCUCUUUCUGUCCUCUACAACUGGAGGGAUGAAUUGGACACCUGGGGAUAUUUCAGAGUCAUUAUUUUACACGGUAACAAAAAAGACAAUGAACUGAUUCGUGUAAAGCAGAGGAAAUGUGAAAUUGCUUUAACAACUUAUGAAACACUGCGUUUAUAUCUGGAUGAAUUUAACAGUUUGGAAUGGUCAGCCGUGAUUGUGGAUGAAGCUCAUAGAAUCAAGAAUCCAAAUGCUAGAGUAACAGAAGUUAUGAAAGCUUUAAAAUGCAAUGUCCGCAUUGGCCUCACUGGAACCAUUCUUCAAAACAACAUGAAGGAACUGUGGUGUGUGAUGGACUGGGCUGUGCCAGGACUUUUAGGUAGCAGGAUCCACUUUAAGAAGCAGUUUUCUGACCCAGUAGAACACGGUCAAAGACACACGGCAACGAAAAGAGAGCUAGCUACUGGCCGAAAAGCCAUGCGCAGAUUGGGAAAAAAGAUGUCUGGUUGGUUUCUUAGGCGUACCAAGACUCUCAUCAAGGAUCAGUUGCCUAAGAAGGAAGACCGGAUAGUGUAUUGUUCUCUGACAGAUUUCCAGAAAGCUGUCUAUCAAACAGUGUUAGAAACAGAAGAUAUAACUUUAAUACUUCAGUCUUCUGAACCUUGUACCUGUGGCAGUGGCCGAAAAGGGAGAAAUUGUUGUUAUAAGAUCAAUUCACAAGGUGAAACAGUGAAAACCUUGUAUUUCAGUUACCUUGCAGUCCUUCAGAAAGUAGCUAACCAUGUCGCUCUACUUCAGGCUGCGAGUACUUCUGAACAGCAGAAAACACUUAUCAACAACAUAUGUGAUCGAGUAUUUUCCAGAUUCCCAGAUUUUGUUCAGAAAAGCAAAGAUGCAGCCUUUGAAACAAUUUCUGACCCCAAAUACAGUGGGAAAAUGAAGGUCCUUCAGCAGCUUUUAAAUCACUGCAGAAAAAACAGAGAUAAAGUUCUUCUUUUCUCCUUUUCCACCAAGUUGCUUGAUGUGCUGCAGCAGUACUGUAUGGCAGCUGGGCUCGAUUUCCGACGACUUGACGGGAGUACAAAGUCAGAGGAAAGAAUCAAGAUCGUGAAGGAGUUCAACAGUGCACAAGAUGUUAAUAUUUGCCUCGUCUCCACAAUGGCUGGUGGACUAGGCCUCAAUUUUGUUGGUGCCAAUGUUGUUGUAUUAUUUGACCCUACUUGGAAUCCAGCCAAUGAUCUUCAAGCCAUUGACAGAGCAUAUAGGAUUGGACAAUGCAGAGAUGUAAAAGUGCUUAGGCUGAUAUCCUUGGGAACUGUGGAGGAGAUCAUGUACUUACGACAGGUGUACAAGCAGCAACUGCACUGUGUGGUGGUUGGAAGUGAAAAUGCCAAGCGGUAUUUUGAAGCAGUUCAAGGAUCAAAAGAGCACCAGGGAGAGCUUUUCGGGAUCCAUAAUCUCUUCAAACUAAGGUCCCAAGGGUCCUGCCUUACGAGGGACAUUCUGGAGAGAGAAGGCCAAGUGGAAGCAGGGAUCAUGACAGCCACAACGUGGUGGAGAGAGGGUCCUCCAGCUCACAAGCAAGAAAUGCCUAGGGAGCCUGACUGUCAAGAAUACAGAGGUCCAGAACAACCUGCAGAACCACUGACAGAAGAAGCCUGUGAUCUCUGCAGUGAUUUUAGUGAUGAGGAAUCAGUGGGAAACUCAAGAAUAAAGACUGCUAAGAGCAAAGCAUCUCAUUCAAGUAAAGCUUCAGGUGUUCCAGGACAGCUCACCUUACUCCAGUGUGGCUUUUCUAAAUUGUUUGAGACAAAUUAUAAAGCAGUUGAGGAUAGUAAUGAAGAUGAUGCCUCUGAUGGUGAAAGUUCUGAUGAGCAGCCCACAUGCCAUUUCACAGAAGCCGUAGAUGAUAGGAUAGUUGGCUGUCAGAAAAGUCAGAACUCUCGUGGUCCUUUAGAACAUCAGAAAAAAGCUGGCAUCAUAAAUCCAAAUGAAAAAUUUAUUUUUGAUAAAAGUGAGAAGACUUUAAAACAAAAUAUUUCUUCUGAGUCUUCUGGUGAAAAAAAAUUUAAAAAUCCAAUUGAACACCAGAAUGUCACAGAAUCAGAAGACAGUGAUGUCAUCUUUCCCACACAAUAUGCAACUCAGAGAUUCCCUAAGUGUAGUAUAAGGUUUAAGCCACCAUUGGAUGGAUCCGAAGAUUCUGAAACAGAUAACGCUGUAAAACUAAAGAAUGAUGAUGAUACAAAAACCGAUGUCAGGGGAAACGGACCAAUUUCAAAAAAAUUAAAUCCUGAAAGCAUUACUCUGAAAUCCGUCAUGAAGAGGAAAGGCACUAGUGAUAUUAGUGAUGAAUCUGAUGACAUUGAAAUAACGUCCAGGUCAAGAGUAAGAAAGCAAAGAGCUACUAGUUCUUUGAGGCUUAAGAAAGAAAAGGAAAGCAAAAGCAAACUUUACAGUUUUCCUCAAACAACAAAGAAAACAAACCAAGUGUACACAACAGGCAAGGGUUGUAACUCUCUGGCUAUCGAUGAGUUUUCAUCCUCAGAUGAUGAUUUAUCCGUCAGCCACAUCAGUUCCUCCAGACAGAGCCGUAGACCAAAAAUUACAAAAGAUACAAUCAGUUUCUCCUCAAAAUUGCCUAACCGCAAUAAGAAAAAUACCACUUUCAUAUCAAGAAAACAAAUGAAAUUUUCAAAUGAGAGGAUUGUGAGUCAAGAGCAGAUACAUGAAUCAGUGGAUAAAUUUUUAGAUGGUGUCCAGGAAGUGGCUUACGUCCACUCAAACCAGAAUGUCAUUGGAUCAAGCAAAGCUGAAAAUCACAUGAGCCGAUGGGCUGCACGUGAUGUAUUUGAAUUGAAGCAGUUUUCCCAGCUUCCUGCUAACGUAGCCAUUUGCAGUUCUAAGGUUUCUAAUAUUCCCUUCGAAGCCGUAUCUCCCCCAACACACAUAUACCAACUUAAAAUCACUGCAGUGGACCCUUUUCAGACAUACCAAGAAAAAAUCAAGAAAGAUACAUCGACAUACACAAAGAAAGGCCAACAACCAGGUAAAGGAGACAUUUCCUUUCCCUUUUACAUUUCAUACCCUGUAAGCCAGAAGAAGAAAAAAGUCUACCGUACAGACCAGACCACCUUCAUAAUUGGAGAAACGCCAAAAAGGAUUCGCAGAAAACAAUUUGAAGAAAUGGCUUCUUACUUUAACAUAUCUUCUGUAAAGGAAUUUGCUGAGCAUAUAACUAAUGGCACAUCAGAAGAACGACAGAAAAUUCUAAGAGACUUUUACGGUUCUCAGUAUCCAGAAAUAAAAGAUUUUUUUGUGGAUUCUGCUUCAAAAUUAAUCAAAUCUGCCCAUGAGAAAGGAGAGAAAAUCAGGAAUAAAUCUGAAGAAAGAGAAUCUCUUAUGAAGGAAGAACUGUCAGACUCUGAAACUUUGUCCUUUAAAGAUUCUACCAAGAAAAUUUCUCAAAUUUGCAGCCCAAAACUAUAUAAAGAAAAAUCAAUCAAGCUUCAAAGUUAUGAUUUCUGUGGAGAAGCGGUGUUUUCUAAUGAUACAGAAACUGAGAAAUUACCUGUCAGCUCUACCCAAGAGAUUGACGAUGGGCUAAAAAGCCAAUUAUCCAAAGAUACUGUAGCAUCUUGUUCCCCGAACUGUAAGUCUGAAGUAUGUGAGAGAAAGUUUGAAAAUACCAUGAAAGACCAACAGGACUUAACAAAAAUAGAUAUUUCAAGAAAUGGACCCCUUUUCAAAUCAGAAACCAAAAAGAUAGACAAUCCAACAUUAGGAAACAUUUCUAUGGGAGAGUUACUUGGUGACACCUCUAUUCUUGAUGACCUCUUUAAAAGUCAUGGGAACAGCCUCACACGCCUGCCAAAGAAAGUUCUUUCAAGGCCCAUGGAAAAAUCAAAACAGAGGCCAAAAGAUUUCUGGGACAUACUGAAUGAGCAGAAUGACGACAGUCUUAGUAAACUCACCGACUUGGCAGUAAUAGAAACUUUAUGUGAAAAAGUGCCCCUUGCCACAUCCUCCAAAAGGAAAGAAGAGCUAGAAACUUCUCUUUGGAAAUCAAACAAGAAAUUUUUGUGGAAAAAACGUAACUCAAGUGAUACAGAUGAAAACACAACCAGUACGUAGAAUAAUGUGUAAACAUACAAAUGAAUUACUACACCAGUGAACUUCUGCCACACAUGUUUACAGCACUGUAUUCCACACAAAUUAUAUUACCUUAAACAUAGUUGUCAACGUGUAUUUUUAUUAAACCCUUGCUGUAGGGUAUUUUUAAGUCUACAACGUUGUUAUGUGUUGUUUUGACUAUAUUGUAAUAUAAACCUCUUAUGAAAUGGAAGAUUCUAGAUUUGUAGUCAGAGACUUAGGGCAUCACACUUAUUUUGUAAUUAUAUGACCUUAGAUAAGUCACUUACCCUUUGUGUGCCUUCAUUUUUUAAUGUGAAAGAUGAAGGGUUUGAACUAGAGCAUCAUGAGUGUCCUUCUAGUUUAAAAAAGUUUCAAUUCACCCUCCCAGAUAACAUUAAAUCAUAGGCCAAAUCAUGCCCACCCCAAAACCAAGUGUACAUUGAUAUGUUUCUUAUGUUUUUUUCUUACUAGCAUUUGGAAAAUCACUAAAUUGUUUUCCUUAUCCUUCAGUAUCAUGUUUUACUAUGAUUACGUUAUUUUAGGUAAAAGUCAUAACUGGUACUGUAUGGCCAUUUGUUAAGAUAAUUUAUAACAGUUGUAUAACUUUACUAAUACUAAAGUAAUAUGCUUACUGCCAUUAGCCACAGAAUGUUAGUGCUCUGAUUUUUAUACAACUAUGAUUUAAUUAAUAUAAAUAAAGAUUUGUAUAGUGCCUUUGUAUUAAGUAUGAAGAAUGAGUAAUCAAUUUAUUUUAUUUGGAACUGUUAUAUUUUGUUAAAUUUAAUGUAUAUGGUUUAUAACCAAACUAGAAAGAGUCAUAGUUGAAUUUAUUUAGAAACUCACUCUCGGUCCGUGUGUGCUGGGCACGUGUGGGUGUUGUGCGUACAGUGCGUACCAUGUUUUACCAUGCUAGGAGCUCAGGAUGUACAGAGAGGCACUGCUAAGUGUGAAAGAAAGGAUAUCAUGUCUGCAAAGAAUCAUGUCCAUAAAGCCCCUCGCAUCGUGCCUGGCAAGUUGUAGGCAGGGACCUGACGCUUCUACCGACCCACGUUCAGAUGGACUGCCGCACCUUUCCCACAGUUGAGCUCUCAGGGCUGUGAUAGGAGGAAAAGCCCACCAAGAAAAUGGCAGUGAACCAAGAAAUGAUCCUGCUCAGCGACCAUUGUUACUAUGCUGAAGGAAAUGGACCUUUGGCAUACUCAGGAUGUGGACAAAUUGCUCAGAAAUGGAAACAAAAAAACAUUUUUUUCUCAAGGGACUGAUGGCCAAGUAAGUUUUCCUUUAGGGCAGUGUUUUGCCCUAGAGAAAUGUGACCCUAAGUAAGAAAUCUAUUUUAUGUUGGGGCACAGUUCGUUUGUGCACAUAUGUAUAUAUGCUUGAAAUAAAAUGUUUAUGAAAGUAUUUAUAUGCAACACACUUUUAUAUUAUUCUUUUCUAUUCCAUUUCAGGCAUUUGUUUGUUUUUGUUUUGAUGAGCUCAUAAUCCAUUAAAUUGAUUUCAGGACCCACUAAUGAUUGGGAACCACAGUUUGAAAAACACUGCUUUAGGUUAUACAGUAUUAGUCAUUUUGUUUGCUUCUUGGCAGCUGCAUUGUAUCCAGAGUUAUUGAUGCUACAUUCUGUCAUUGCAGGCCUUUCUAGAAAAAUAAUGGGUAAUGUAGUCUGUGGAAGACUUGGCACGUACAGGUCAUUAGCUCACUAUGUGCUCCACUGUAUGAGGAUUUUUGAUAAGCAAAGAGGUCCCUCUGCCAUCUCAUUGUAUAGACGGACAGUAUAUUUCAGAUAUUUUAAUAAAAGUACAUCCUUCAUAAAAUACCUUUUAAAAUUUUUACAUAGACAUGACCUUAGAAUCAUAAAAUGAUAUUCAUGCAAAUAUUAGCUCUAUAUUCUUCAUAUAUAAAGAAAUGCUAUUAUAGAGUUUUACCAGCGAUUGUCAAAUUGGGAGCAAAAAUGCAGGCCUGGAGUUUAAAAAUUAGUUUUCAGUGGUUGUCAGGGAAACAUUCGUCCUUAUUAUCACACAGAAAUAGUGUGCCAAGCAGAGUCUGGAGCCCAGUAUCAAAAGGAGACAGUCUGUCAGAGAGUUUUGAAAGGAAGCUGCCAUGGUUAACUUUCCCUACAGUGGGACAGUGGAAAGAGGUUGGCUCAACCACUAACGAGUCUGGGAGCAGGCCCCAUGAGGAUCCGACAGUAAGAAUCCUUCCCACCUCUACCUCACUGGUGCCGUGCUACCAAACUCGGCCAACUAAAUGUGUCGCCCAGGGCGAAUCCCUUAGCUUCUUCCAGCCUCAGUUUCCCCUUGUUUAAAUUAGAGGUGGACUAGAUUGGUGGUGUUCAAGAAUUUUUUUUUUAAACUGAACUUCAUCUUAAUCAGAACCUCAGUUACUUAACGGCAAUUAAAAAUGGAGGUCUGCAGGAUCACAACAGAGGGUUUGGGACAGAGCUGGAGAAGGAUGUAGAACAAAAUUGUAACACACAAAAGACCAGAUUUACU